AUGGCGAAUGUUGAACCUGACUACGACCAAGCUGGGGACGAUGAUUCCGUCAGAGUGAAAGUGAUAUGUUUAGGAGACAGUGCGGUCGGGAAAUCAAAGUUGGUGGAGAGAUUCCUAAUGGAUGGAUACAAACCCCAACAACUUUCAACAUUUGCUCUUACACUUUUUAACUAUAGAACAGAGGUCAACGACCAGAAAGUGUCUGUUGAUUUCUGGGACACAGCAGGUCAGGAGAGAUUUAACAACAUGCAUCCUUCUUACUACCACCAAGCACAUGCCUGUAUACUGGUUUUUGACACAACAAGAAAAGUAACAUAUAAAAAUUUACCAAAUUGGUUGAAAGAAUUAAGAGAGUAUCGUCCUGAAAUACCUUGUUUAGUAGCGGGUAACAAAAUAGAUGUUGACAUUAGUGUAACAAAGAAAAAUUUUAAUUUCGCAAAGAAAUAUAGAAUGCCAUUUUACUUUGUAUCUGCCUCGGAUGGCACCAAUGUUGUACGGAUGUUUAAGGAUGCGAUACGAGCAGCUGUAGACUACAAGUCCAAUUCCACUGACUUUAUGGAUGAGAUCAUGAAGGAACUUGAGAAUUUUGAAUUGGAGGAAGAGCAGAAGGACAGUGAACCAGAUUCUGGGGGUAAUUCUGAAGAUAAAGGAAUACAGCAGACAGAGAGCUGAGGUCAAGGUGAAGGUCAUUGACCUUCUCAUCUUAUAGUUAAAGUUUUCAUCUAUUUAUUGACAUUUCUUAAAGACAUGUGAACAUGAUGAAGUUAUAUGGAAGAGUAGACAACUCUUGUGUUGCCUAGGUCUUGCCUGUUCUCUGCCAUGCCUAUCGACACUCACCAAAAGAUGGCAGAGGUUGGCAUUACUUUAAUGACUGCAUGGUUUUGUGGAGCAAUAGAGAUGGACCACAUAUGAUUACUUCUCAUGUCAAUGAUAGAUAAGGGGAGAUAACUAUUGUUUGUAGGCUCGUAAUACAUGGCUUUAUUCUCACAUUUGAGAAGUGUUAAAAAGUGUGAGUACUGGAGUUCCUGCCCUGGUAAGGGGUGAUCUUAGUGUGUAAUGGUUGUGAAGCUUUUUAUUAUCACAGCAACUUCUUAAGUUCUAAAACUUGUCGCGGUCAGAUUUUAUAAGAUUGUGAAGCAAUAAAGAGUAGCAUUAUAAAUGUGUAGGUAGAAUUCCAUAAAUAUUAGUGAUGUAAAGGAUGGCGAGAAUGAAGACAAAAUAGCUGCCAUUAUGUAGUUUUGAAUCUUAUUGUAGCCGGCUCAAUCAUUCAGAGAGGUUUACAUAUAAGGUAUUUGUCAUAUACUCAAAGACAUAUCUCCCUCUCAUGACGUGGCUGAGUGCCUCUCCUGGCCAUCAUUCUGUAACAAUAGGAUUUCUGCUGAUGUACACUGUGACAGGAGUUAAGGCUGUUAAACAUAGAAAACUUCAGGAAAUUCAGUUUUUCACUGAGCUGGAUGGAAGUAUUGAGCUGAAAUUUUAAAGGAACUCUCAAUUACUUUACACUCAUUAUCUUUGUACUAGAUGGGGAUACUGACCUGAAAUCUGUAGUUGUAUUAUUUGCACCGUGUCAGCUUAGUCAACCAACAUCUGCUGAAAGGUUAGAAAGCAACACUCAAAAAGCCAGUUAAGCUAAAAACAAACUUCUCAUUGGUUGCUGACCUCAGCAUUCAUAUCACACCAGCACAUUCAUUUUGUUCUUAAUAUUUUUGCAAUGAAUUGUCCUGAUUUAGUGAAAAGUGCUAAAAAUUUGAUGGUGGCUGUUAUUAUAAAAAAAACAAAACAAUAGAAAACAUGAGUAUGCAAUAAUUCUGUUUUAUAUGUGAGAGUUUUGUAUCUUUAGUGUCGGGUUGAUUUAAUCAAAAUUCCUAGAAUACCAAAGCUGAUGCACCAUAUCAUUUCAGUAAAUAAAUAGUUAUAAGUAUGCUGAUAUUACCAAAUGUGUUUGUUUUAUAGUAGAGUUUCUAGAUGGUGUCUAAGCAGUAACAAGUGUAGACCACACAAUUGUAUGUAUAAAUGUACCUAUUAGGCUUAGAAUGUUGUGUGAUAUCAUGUGAUCCGCAGAGCCAAGAUUGUAAAUGGGAAUGAAAGGAACCAGGUGAUUGGUAGAGCCAGAAUUCUGUGUGGCAUGAAAGGAACCAGGUGAUUGGUAGAGCCAGAAUUCUGUGUGGCAUGAAAGGAACCAGGUGAUUGGUAGAGCCAGAAUUCUGUGUGGCAUGAAAGGAACCAGGUGAUUGGUAGAGCCAGAAUUCUGUGUGGCAUGAAAGGAACCAGGUGAUUGGUAGAGCCAGAAUUCUGUGUGGCAUGAAAGGAACCAGGUGACUAGCAGAGUUAUAAUUCUGAUUAUAAUUAAGAGACGUGACAAUUAGAAAAGGUUAUUUCAGAUAUAUUGUGAUUAAAGCAGAAGUACUUGAUAAGUCGUGUGUAAGGUAUACGUUGAUAGAAAUUAAAAUUUCAUUAAUUCCUGUUCAUUAUUAAGAUAUGGUCAUUUCAUUAUGUGUAAUAUAAGUUAAAAUUCAGUGUCUGAUACGUACACAAAAGAAUAAUGAAAUUAAAACACUGAUCAGUAAAGCAUUAUAGACUAUUAUAAACAUACAUAAUUAUCUCCCUUUCCUAUGAUGUCAUAAUGGACAAUCAAGCUGUUACUGAUGACAUCUUAUUGUUAUACCAUGUAGACCUACUGAUGUAGCAAAACAAAUAUAAAGUAAAAUGUCCAAGAUUAAAUGUGAAAGUACUUAUGCUUUACUAAUCACAAGUGUUUCUAAUUUUAUCAUUUAUAAGAUCUGAUUAGACAGUUUACACCUCUGUCUGUGAUUUCCAAAACCUCUCUCCGUGUGGUCAGUAUAUCUGUAUCCAUGUGGUCAAUCUGUCAGUUUCCAUGUGGUCAGUAUAUCAGUAUCCAUGUGGUCAGUCUGUCAGUUUCCAUGUGGUCAGUCUGUCAGUUUCCAUGUGGUCAGUCUACCAGUAUCCAUGUGGUCAGUCUGUCAGUUUCCAUGUGGUCAGUCUACCAGUAUCCAUGUGGUCAGUCUACCAGUAUCCAUGUGGUCAGUCUGUCAGUUUCCAUGUGGUCAGUCUACCAGUAUCCAUGUGGUCAGUCUAUCAGUUUCCAUGUGGUCAGUAUAUCAGUAUCCAUGUGGAAUUUUCUACCCACUCUACAGUUUGAUGUGAGGUUUAUGUUUGUCUUGUCCUGUGUUACAGUGCUGAUAUUUACAAGACACUAUGGAACUGAUGUUUCUUAGUUGUUUUCCUACCUCAGCACUGGAAGAGAGGUUAGUUAGUUGUAAAUCUGACAAAGGUGGUUGCCAGCUUUUUACACUGUCAUGUCAGUUUUGUAGACAUUUGUACACAUGUGAACCUUGAAUGCUUGAAGACUACAGCUUUUCUCAAUGAAUGUUGACUAGAUGUGCUCAAUUCAAACAAACUUCAGUGAGUGGCACCAUUAUCCUCAGUGAAGGUGUGUUAGUGUAUACUUAUAUGAACACAUAUCUGUGAUACCUGUUCUGAUUGAAACUUUGAACUUUGGUAAACUUGUGAACAAAUAUUGAUGCUUAGGUUAAUUUUGUACACACAUAUCUUUAUUGAAAUUGAAAUACAAAUUAAACAUUGGACUUUGCAGUACUUUGAUGGAGCACUCUGAUAUCUGUCAAUUGUCCAUUUUUUUUUUACAAAAGUGAAGUGGAAGGUUGUUUUAGACCAUUAAAAUUUAUAUGUGUAGACAA